CACUUGCUUCCUUCAAGUGGGAGGAUAUUUGUUCCUCUCACAGAGCUUAAGCCUUCAGUGUGUGUGUGAGUAUGUGUCUGUGAGUGUGUGUCUGUGGGUGUGCGUGUUGACCAGCUUCACUGCAAAUUUGCACCAGCUGAGAUGAAGUCCUUUUAUGAAAACUUUCUUGAAAGAUUGCUGACUAUCUGUAAGCGAUGGCUGUUGACUAAGAUGAGUGUGGGCACUGAGUGAAACUCCAACAGUAGAAGCCUUGGUUCGGGGGUUCAGUUAAGAUGAGUAGGUGUGCUCCACCUCUAUGCCUGUGGUUGGCUGUGGUACUGCUCGCUCCACUGCACGCAAAGGUCACCGCCCCGGCCCAGCAGCAUGCGGCACUGGGGCUCCCCUUCAUGCUGGGCUGCAAUGUGACGACAGAAGACGGGGAGGUCCUCAAACAGGUCCGCUGGCUGGACGUCCGGAACAAGACCAUCCUCCACUACCAGCCUCAGAGACCUGGAGACCUCAUCAGUCAUGAUGGAGUUGAGCUGGCCAAGCAGCGAGCUCACACCAGUGCCAUCGCCCUCGAGAAGGUCAAGGCCGGGGACGAGGGCUGCUACACAUGUGUGUUUGACGUGUACCCUACGGGGCAGCAGCAAGGAAAGACCUGCCUCUCCGUGACGGCAAGGGUGGAAUCUGUGGGCAACAAAACAGCCGUCCAGGGAAAACCGGUGACCCUCUCGUGUUCGUACGGCCUUACGGAAAAAGUCCAGCAGGUCCUGUGGAGGAAAACAGCAGAGCAGGGCGACACAGUCACCGUGGCUUCCUACACCAAACAGGGCAGCGUUACAGUGGAGACGGUGUUUCAGGACCGAGUCAAGCUGAGCCGGUCACUGGGGCACAGCCAGCUGACCAUAAACCCUGUUCAUACAGAGGACGAAGGGUGCUAUACCUGCGACUUCCACACGUACCCGCUGGGCUCCAAGAGCAUGACAGCAUGCCUCGCUGUUUACGUCCUGCCCAGACCUGAGGUCAGCUACAGCAUUGACGUCGACGUGGUCCAAGCCAACUGUACAGCUGUGUCCCGUCCUCCAGCAGAGCUCGUCUGGAACGUGGAGAAUCAUAACCGCUCACUGGGUCCCUCAGAGACUUCCUCUUAUCAGCAGGGGGACGGCACCACGAUGGUGGUCAGCUCCAUUCACCUGCAGGCCAAACUGCUGGACGAGGAGCAGGUGACUUGUACGGCCCUGCACCAGGGCCUGGAGACCAACAUUUCUGUUCAUCUGAACAGGACUAGGAAUACCCACAUCAUCCUCCUCUCUGUGGGCUGCGUGGUGCUCGUUCUGCUCAUAUGCCUCUGCGUCUGUCUGAAGAAGUGCUAGCAACAAGCUGGCUAAUGUGCUGAGACGACUGACUGAGAAGAACAGAACCGGGAUGAAUGAAUAUGCUGCUAUGAUUGGACACUAAAGGACAGCUGACAGAGCAGGAGCGUGCCUUUUAUACAGUUCGUUUUAUGACUGGGCUAUUAGGUCUAUUUGACACUUUUUCUAUUAAAUAUCACUGUUAUGGUAAGAUAUGAUAAAUCACCAUAAUAUCAGGAGAAUAUUGAGUAAUCUGUUAAUCUUGUAAAUAAUAACUAUUACUGGAAACACUUAAAACCUUUAAAAUACUUUUUUUUGUUCUGUAUAUUUUAGCAAAUGCUAAUGUUUACAUUUCCUAGCCAAUCAAGAAUGAUAUCUUUGCUAUGGAACAUAAAAGAACAUUCUUUUUGUGGCCGUUUAUUUUGAUUGUUAGGUCAUAAGCCAGGCUUAUCGCUGGGAAACACUGUUUUUCUGUUUUACCAGUGAAAACUUUUUUUUUUUUUUUACCUCAAGUGUCUUGCUAUUGUCUGCACAUUUCUACGUGUGUGUUUUAUUUCCUGUACAUGUACCCCCGCUAGAGGGAAGUGUGCUCAUACCCUGGAGCAUAGACCUGCAGGCUUAGAGCCUGGAGACUUUUGUCCUCGUAUUGUCUUUCACAGUGCAUGUAAAAUUGUAUAAUUUCAGUUUGUAUACAGUAUACAGUAUAUACAUAGUUCAAACAUAACAUUAAGUCCACCUCUUUAAGUCCACCACUUUUUUACACCUUUAUACAUCUUUUUUAUGGUUAAAUAUAUCUUUUAAAAUAAUAGACUGUAGUCCUGUAUCUGCUUCUCUGCAUAAUGUAUUAUUAUUAUCCUCCUUUCACCCUGUUCUCCAAUAUAUCAGAUAUAGAAGUGCUGCUGGAGGUUUUAAACACCUUGUGGUCAAUCUCAUAUCCUGAGUAAUGUGUGUUACGAUGCUCAUUGCUAUGUUACACCCUGACAACAAUUUAUUUUUACACCUUGAUCCUGCACUGUUAAAAUAGCAUCGUAGCUUAUAAAUAUAUCUAUGCUGAUGGCUGUGGUGGUCUGGAAGUGAGGUGUGUUCAGGUACAUUUGUGGCAUAUUGCUAUCUUGCCAACCGUGAGACGUUCAUUGCUAUCUUGGCAAUGCAGGCUUGCCUUGUGCUCCGCAGUGCACAAACUCAACAUUUACAUCAACAAUAAACAGAAUAGAAAAUAAAAUAACAUUGCUUUUCUCGUAAUUGACCUGUUUAUGCAUCUUCACAGCCUGAACAAGCAGGUCAGUUUCCUCUGCUGAAAAAGGCGCAGAAGCGAUGCGCCUUUAAAAUACCAAUCUGCCAAUCCAUCAGAGCACACCUUGCUCUUAAAAGGAAUGUGAGGCACGUGACACGCUGAUUGGUUUAUUUCACGUUACACCCAAAACAUGCCUUUUGCACGUUUUGAGCUGAAAAAGGUGUACUUUUCCCGUCGUUAUGAUAGCAAAGACACACUGACAUACCUUUAAUCAGUUGACGGCUCGCCUGUAGAUGGUAGAGCAGUUAGGUAGGAGUGUCUAAUAGAGUGGAAGACAGUGAGUGGACACAGUGUUUAAGAACUCCAGCAGCACUGCUUCAGUGCUGCAGCACAACACACUAAUCAACACCAUGCCAUCGCUUCUCACUGCGGCGCUGAGAAUAAUGACCCACCACCCAAAUAAUAAUAGCUGCUCUGUGGUGGUCUAAGAAUUAAAGUGCUUUUAAAUGUUCAGUGCAGCUGAAAAAAUGGAUUAUGAGUGUAGAAACAAAGAGGUAGUCAUAAUGUU